AUGUCAGAAAACAAGAAGAAUAAGAAUAAGUCAUCCAAUGCGAUAUCAGGAUCUUUAAAGGAUACAGAGAAAAGACGCAGGCAAGUUUUUAAACCAAUACUUGAUAACCCAUAUACGCAGACAAAAUUAUGGCCAUAUAUAUCACCAGAACUUUCAAAUACCAUACUAGAACAUCUCAGCCAAAUUCUAUCUAAUUUAGGAUCUUAUAAUGGGUUGGUUGCUGAAGCAAAAAAGAACAAUAACUCCAAAAUGAAAACUACUGACAUUCCAGAAAUUCGUAAAGAAAUAACGAUUGGAUUUAAUUCUACCAUCAAAGCAUUAGAAACCCAGGCAUCAAGACACAGACAAAUAUUAAGUAAUAAGUCUAAAAAACAUAAGAAGCAACGCAUUUCGGAUCCUUCUCCGUAUAUUAAGUAUGUCUUUGUUGCUAAGUACGAUAUUACAUCGUCAUUAUUGACAAAUCCAUUCCCCGUACUUGCAUUUACAUCUUCUACUUCUGUCAAUGAUAGAGUAAAGCUAAUACAACUACCUCGAGGAAGUAUGUCUAGGCUUUCGUCCAUAUUGAAAAUCGAGAAUGCAAGUAUCUUAGGUCUUUCAGAUAAUAUUGAACAAGCACAAGCUCUCUACGAAUUAAUAAAGGCCGAAGUCAAGGACGUUGAAGCUCCAUGGUUAGACCAUCUUUUUUCUGAAAAUGACCUGCAAGUACCUGGCGUCUUCAGAAAGCCAGCUGUAAAGUUCUUAAGUACUUCUGCUCCGAUUAUGGCCAAGAAGAAUGAUCAGAAGGCUAAGAACAAGAGCAAAAAAGAAAAAGAGCCUGCCGAAUUAAAAGACACAAACAAUGAGAAUAAGAGUAAGUAA